AUGAAAGAAAAAACAAUAUUUUAUAUAUUUUAUAUAUUUUUGGUUCCUGUAUUUUGCAAUAAAAAUAUAAUUGAAUUAAAUUAUCAAAUAAAUUAUUAUUUUUUAGAUAAUAAAAAAUGGGAUAAUAUUGGAUAUUUUAUUUUAAAUAAAAAUGAAAUUUAUGAUACUUCUAAUUCUUAUUUAGAAGAAAGGAAAAAAUUUAUUGAAAAAUUAAAAGGACAAUUCGAUUACGUUUUAUUUCAAUUAUGCUAUAAUGUGGAAAAACAAAAAUGCAUACAAACUUACGUUGAUAAAAGUAGAAUACAUAAUAUUGAAAAUUUUAUACUUUUAAUUGGAUUAGAUAAUAAUUAUUUACCAUUUAUAAUAAAUUACAAGACAUAUGAAGAAUAUCAAAAUACUAAAGUAUUCUCAGGAAUGUUUGCUAUAAAGGUUCUAUCAAUUUCUGUACCUAUUGAUAUAAAUAAUUUGACAGAAGAAAAAAAUAUAACAACAAAAGCUAAAGAAAAUGAGAAUGAAAAAGAAAAAAACCAACCAAAAUCCUUUUUACGUAAAUAUUGGUAUGUUAUUCUUAUAUUUUUUAUAUCUUUAUCUGUAUCUAAACAUUUAACUGAAAAUAUUCCACAAACAAAUAAUACCUAA